AUGACUACUUGGCAAGAAUUCACCGAUCGAUUAUUGAUGAAAUACUUCCCACCCACUAAGAAUGCCAAGCUUCGAAAUGAGAUCACAUCUUUCCAACAACUAGAUGAAGAGUCAUUAUAUGAAGCAUGGGAGCAGUUCAAUGAGUUACUAAGAAAAUGCCUUCAUCAUGGCAUUCCACAUAGCAUCCGAAUGGAGACCUUCUACAAUGGUCUAAAUACUCAUACAAAAAUGGUGGUUGAUGCUUCGAGAAAUGGUGCACUUUUGGCCCAGUCAAACAAUGAAGCUUAUAAAAUGCUAGAGAGGAUCUCCAACAAUAAGUAUCAAUGGCCAACUAGUAGAGAACCUACGGGGAGGAAAGUGGUCGAUGUUCAUGAGGUUGAUGCACUUACUUCAUUGGCGGCCCAAGUUUCUUCUAUGUCGAAUAUUCUUAUGAAUAUGAGUGUGGGUAUGAGUCCACAAAUGGGUCAACCAAGAGGGCAGCUUGUAGAAGUUUCUUGUGUGUAUUGUGGUAAUGGUAACACUUUUGAUAAUUUCCUUUAUAAUCCUGUGUCUGUUUGUUUCAUGGGAAAUCAAAAUAGGAGUAACCCACAAGCCAAUACUUUCAACCAAGGAUGGGGGCAACACCAAAAUUUAUCAUGGAAUGAUCAAGGAGUAGUUUCUAGCAACUCUUAUAUGCCGAAUAGACCCACCUACCCACCGAGAUAUACUCAACAAGUCCCACAACCAAGACCUCAACAAGCAGUCAUAUCUAGUUCUUUAGAGACCUUAAUGAAAGAAUACAUGGCUAAGAUUGAUGUUGUGAUUCAAAGCCAUACUGCUUCUUUAAGAAACCUUGAGAUUCAAAUGGGGCAAUUAUCCAAUGACUUGCGGAAUCGACCCCAAGGUUCUUUAACAAGUGACAUAGAAAGUCAAAGGCAAGAAGGUAAGAAACGAUGCAAGGCAAUCACUUUAAGGAAUGGUAAGGAGUUGGAGAUAGCAAAGGAAAAUUAUGGGCAUGAGGGUGAGCCCUCUUCAAUCCAAAGUAACGAGAAAACUAGAGAAAAUAUAGGAACUUCAAUCUUGACAAAACCCGCCUCUGCUCAGAAUGCUAUAACAUCCACAUCACAGCAAAACUGCCCAGAAAUUCAAAAAUUUCAGCAACCAGUCCCAUUCCCACAUCGAUUCCAAAAUCAGAAGUAA